AUGCAGGAGAAGCGUUGGCGCAUGCCGCAUCUGCGGCUGCCGCAGGUGCGCUUGGGCAAGACGAAGGGUCUGACAAAGGCCCAGGCGAAGACGGCCAUGAAGGCCGUGCCGGUGCUGGCGGCAGCAGCCGCUGAGAUCCCGGCGGUGAGGGAGCAGUUGCGGCAGUGGGUGGGCCAGGACGUGGCGCCCCACGUCUUGGCGCAGCAGACGCUCUGGCGCGCCAAGAGCGAGGCCCAGCGCCUCGGGCAGCAGGCGGCGGACUCGGCGCGGGCGGCCUCAAGGCAGUUGCAAAGCAUGGGCCACGGCAUCAUGAACGAGCUGAAAGAGGUGAACAAGGAGGUGGACGAGACUGUGAUCAAGGCCGAGCACGCAGCGGAGGAGCUGCUACACAUCAAGCACGAGGAGCAGCCGCGGCUGGCGCGCACCUGGCUUUUCGCCACGGUGGGCUGUGUGGUCGGGGGCGCCCAGAUGAAUCGGGGUUGGUGGAUGUGGGGACUUCCUUCUGGUGUUGGGGCGGUGGAUUUGGCACCCGGAGACUUCGAGUUUUGCCAAGUAGUGGCUAUGGGCUUAGUACACCAUUUUGCCUUGGAGGCGCUGCUGGCGGGGAUCUGCUACCGCCGCGCCCGGCGCCCCCGCCGCCUCGCGGGCACCAGAGCCUCUCUGGCGCGCCGCGGCAGCCCCCCGGCCCCGCGGCGGCAGGGCGGCAGUCCGCGGAUCAGGGAGCUUGUAGAGGAGCUACAGAGGAGCUAUAGAGCUGUAGAGGUGCUGUACAAAACUUGUCGAGGGCGUAAGGAGCAGCUGUAG